UUUCAUUGCAUCGCUUCUGUGCUGUGAGCACUAUGGAAUCCUGGGGCUUCGGGACGUUUUUUAUCUGUAGUUGAAUUCGUCACAGACAACGUAAGAUUGAUGUAGAACGGCGCAGGCAUGGCAUCAACAAAGAUCAGGAACACUUUGGGUUUGAAUCCAUGCUUCCACUUGGCAAAACCGAAUGCCCUACUUUUCAACCGCUUCACUUCAAUCGGGGAUUUUGUUUCCUGUUUUAAUUCAGCAGAAAAUUCAGAAACGGUUGACUCCCAGAUUACUUCAUUGUGUAGGAAAUCCAAUUCUCCCGUCCAAGCUAAGAAGGUUUUCGAUCUGUUCAAGCGAUCUUUGGAUUCGGGCGCUGUCCUGUCGGAGUCUACUUGCAAUGUUCUCAUGCAAUGUCUCACGAAGCAUAAGGAGUACAAAAUGGCUUUUGGGGUUUACGAAGAAAUGACUAGCGCUGGUAAGAAGCCGACGUAUAUCUCGUUGUCUGGUUUGGUUGACUGUUUGGUGUAUUUCUGUGCGUGUCAAUCUGCUUUGGGAGCAGUUGGUUUGAUGUAUAAGCGGGGGUUUGAAAUCGGUGUCUAUGUCGCUAAUAUCAUAUUGAAUGGUUUUUGCUGCAAUGGCUUAGCUGUUAGGGCUGAGGAAUUCUUAGGUGAAAUGGAGAGGAAUUCGAUUAAUCCGGACAAAGUUAGUUUUAAUACUUUGUUGAAGGGACUUUGCGAGGAGAGGAAACUGAAUGAAGCCAUGAGUGUGAAGAGUAGGAUGGAAUGUGCAGAGAUUGCUCCCGAUUUAAUCACAUAUAAUAUUCUGAUCCAUUGCUGUUUUCAUGAAGGUCAGGUGAAGGAAGCAAUGCUGCUGUUGGAAGAGAUGUCGACGAGAGGGUUGGAGGCAGAUGGUAGGUUUUACAGCACACUUAUGAAUGGAUAUUGUAAUCAAGGGGAUGUUGAUGAAGCAAAGAAACUUUUCCAUGAGAUGCUGAAUAAAGGGAUUUCUUCAGAUCUGAAGGUGUAUUCGUGUUUGAUGCGAGGUCUCUGUCAGAAGGGGAAACUGAAAGAGGCCAAGAAGAUGUUCAAUAAUAUGUUGAAGGAUGGUAUUCGGCCUGAUGCUGUGUUGUUUAAUGGGAUGAUUGACGGGCUUUUUAAAGCAGGGAUGGCCAACAAAGCGGUGGAAUUGUUUGCUUUCAUGCUGGAAAAGGGCGAAGAACCCUCCAAUAAAACGUAUAAUGUUCUUAUUGAAGGGCUAUGCCAGGCAGAAUUGCUUGAUGAUGCUACUAAAAUUCUGGAAAUGAUGUUGAAGAAAGGUGAGAAACCUAAUGUUUUUACUUGCAAUGCUUUAUUGAAAGGGCUGUUCAACCAUGGUAAAAUUGGUUUUGCUAUGGGAGUUUUCGAGUUUAUGAAGUCGGAUGAGUGCAUUGAGCCUGAUUCGUGUACGGUUAAUAUAUUACUCAACGGUCUGUGCAGCAACGGCCAUCUUAGAAAGGCAGAAAAGAUUAUUCGUGACAUGGAUGAACACAAUGCUGCAACUUACUCGAUCCUAAUUGGAGCUUAUUUCAAGGUUGGAAAAGUGAGGAAAGCUCUGAAGUUGUGGAACAAGUUUCUAAACCAGGGGCUAAUUCCAGACUCCAGGCUAUAUGGCUCAAUGUUACAUGGUUUAUGCAGUAAUAACUUAAUCAGCUUUGCGAAAGGUAUUUUUAUGAAAAUGCAAUCAAGUGGUCCUCGACCAAGAACGUGCGACUACAACUUCUUGAUGACAGCCUUAUGCAAAGAGGGCAGCUUGGAGCAAGUACGAGCUUUAUUUAGAGAUAUGUGUGGUGGCUGUUGCGAACCUGAUGUUUUCUCGUACAACAUCAUGAUUGAAUCUACCAUGAAAUCCGGGGACUUUCAGUUAGGCAACAAAUUACUGGUGGAUAUGCAGCGCAGAGGUUUGCCACCUGAUAUUGUGACCUUUGGAUUACUUAUUAGUUGGUUUUCAAAAUUAGGAAUGAUGGAAGAAGCUAAAAGCAUAUUUGAAAGAUUCAAAUCUUUUUCCCUCCAACCAGAUGCCUAUAUUUACAAUGCUUUGCUUAAGGGAUUUAAAGCUGAAGGAAAUACGGUAGAAGUGAUCAAUUUGCUUCAGAAAAUGGCAGCCGAUAGUGUUCCCCUUGAUGCUGCAGUUAAUUCCACUAUAUUAGCAUGUCUUUGUGAUUUACCCGAAGGUGAAAAAGUUGCAGAGCUUUUACCGUAUUUUUCCCAAGAGAAGUCAAACAGAAGGAGUACUACUUCUGAUGAAUUGUUGGUGAGACUCAAGAACAUUGUUCCAAUGCUUCAAUCCUCUGUCCUUUAGUCAGUGUGGCUAUAGCUAUACAAAGGAUGUCUUUAGCUGUACAUCGUGGAUCAGGGAGAGAGACAGUCGCUGUAAUCGUCAUCGUCUUGUCUCUAAAGCAGCAUCAUUUAGAAACCUCCUCGGUUCCUAAGGUAGGCGAUGCUCCUUGCUGUACCAACUGCAAUCUCGUGCAGUUUCUCCCAAGCUGCCGAUCCUUUCUGAACUCAAGUGGCCCAUUCUCCAUGAACUCAUAAAUGAGGACAGUCAUGAACGGAUCGUAGCAGAAGCUGUAAAGCCUCACCAAAUUGAUGUAGUGUUUCCUGCCAAUGGCUCUGACGUCACCCCUGAUCCGGUGCUCAAUUCUUCUGUUGGGAUUGCUGUUCAUUUUAUUGGCGCAUGCAAUCAUCAAGACAAUGGUGAUUAAUGAGCAAAACUGCAGAUUGAAGCUCCGAAAGUUAGAUAAGAGGUUAUUAUAAACUUGCUCUAUUCCAUUAUACAUUUAAUUUGGAUGUGAUAAAAUCUAAUUUGCCUUGGUUGAUCGAUGGCGACGAAAUUAAGAGACAUUGAUGAAGAUCCAGAUCCAGGUGGUGAAAUUGAUACUGGAGAAUUGAAUUAAAUUGAUCGAGCCAUCUGCAAACAAAUGUAAGAAUCGAGCAGAGAGGGCUUCAGAAUCUGACUCAGAUUUCAAGAUUUACUUCCCUUUACCUAGCUUACUUAUAAUUUUUGUUUUUGUUAUUUAUUUUAAUUUUUUUAAUAACAUUGUACGAAUGCAGAUUCUUUUACUAAUGAAGUUAGAACAUCCAUGGAUGGUAAGAAUGUACAAGUCCCUAUUCAAUAAUUUGUUAGUUGUGUGCUGCCUAGUGCUUAA